AUUGUAAAAAGUUUUAGAAUUAAUUAUAAGGUGGGAUUCGAGGCUAUUCAAUACAAUAGACAACGGUGUUUGUAACUUGUGUCAGUCAACACUGUAACAAGAGCUGUUACUUGUUGAUAUUACCCAAUAACAAGAAUUAAAAAAAUUAGAACCUCCAUUUUCAUUCAAAAGUGACCGUAUUGAUUUUUACUCGGGGUGUUGGUGAUUCGUGCAGUGUUAAUUUUGAUCAUAAAAAUAUAUUGAAAAGCUUUCGCCGCGGUACUUGUGCGAAAUAUAGAUAGCACAAUGGACAAGGGGUGGAAUCCUCCUCCAUAUGGCUGGGGUAACGCUCAGACUACGCAGCCCCCGCCAGCUGCGCCACCGAGCUACUCCCAGGCAGUCGGAGGCGUUGGACCCUCGAGCCCUUACACUCCACAGUAUCCUCCAUCUUCUGGACCGUCAAUAGUAACUACGGUAGUGCCAGUAGGUCCGCACCCAACACACAUGAUAUGCCCGAGUUGCCAUGCUGAAAUAAAUUCAGCUACCAAGACAAAGCCCGGACUUAUUGCUUACAUUUCCGGAGCCAUCAUCUUUCUAUUGGGAUGUGUAUUUGGAUGCUGCCUCAUUCCAUGCUGCAUUGACAGCUGCAUGGAUGUACAUCACAAAUGCCCGAACUGUGGAGCUUACCUUGGACGCUACAGGCGAUAAGGCAACAUCUUCAUUGAGAUCUGAUAAAUCAAAUAUGUCUAUGUAUACCCUGCCUGUAUACCAUAGACAAUUCAAGAAAAAGUUUUAAAACUGUCCAUUAUCUUUGAAUAGGUUUUUAUUUGUAAUCCUACUGUUUUGUUUUUGUUUAAAAAACAAAAAUCUUAUAAAACAGUAAUGUUUCUGAGUUUGAUCUAAUAUAUUUUAAAAAUAGUCAAAUGGCAGCACUUGAAUAUGGUAAUGAUUAUUGAGUGCUUGGACUGAGUCUUAGCCCUUGCAAAACCAAGGGAUGUUGGAUCAAAUUAUUAUCAUUUUUCUACUUAAUGAAUUUUGAGACCAAUAACGAACUUCUAAAAUCAAGUUCGGCAAAGAAUAUUCACUCAAAUAGCCUGCGUCUGAACUAUUCCAUUGGCAGGCUAACUUCAUAGAUCUAUUCAUAAUGAUAAGAAGAAAUAAUAAUUUAAAAGAUUAUGUGGAAGAAUAUAAAUGAAUUAAUUUGAUAAGCAUAAUAAUUUUUAAAUCUGUUUUUGUCUUUUGUGUUUUAUAUUUUAGAAUGUAAACACGGAUUUAAGUGUAUAGGUUACACUUAAAUCCGUGUUUUGGUACCCAUCGAUAAUGAAUCACAGCAUCACAUCCCAAACAAAUAAUAUCACAUUCCGGAUCUUUCAAGAAAUUCGUACCACACAUAUAGUUAUACUUCGGUUAGAUGAAAACAUGUCUUGUAGGAAUAUCCCUGAAGAAAACAUUAUCCAGUUGUAAUUGUAAAAAGUAGAAGUGUGUAAUAUUGAAGCAAACAUGCACUCUUUUAGUGUUUAUUGCCUGUGCCCCAAUGUAGGUACUACCAUAUGAAAUUAUAUCAUAGCAAACCUUUAUUGUAACAAACGAGAUAUAACUACUUUCGAGGACCAUCACACACAUGGAGCAGUUUAAAUUUUUUAUUAGUAAUACUAUUUACAUGUUUUUACUAAUAUUUUGAUAACAAUAAUUUUUGUAUACUACUUGUUUAUUUUUUCUCUAGCCAAAAGGGAAUAUAAUAUUAUAAGUUGUUGACUUUGUUACUGAUUAAGUGAUUUAUUGUUGGUUGCUUUAUAGUACCAAAUGCCAUAUUACAUAGAUGUUAUGUUCAGUGCCAAAACCAUCUUCCUCAUUACUUGUCAACACAAGUACAGCUUUUCUAAUUUUGUGAUAAAAUGUCCAUAAACUGCUUAAGAAUAUUAUUAUAACUUUAAGCUUUUUAUUUAUUUUUUGCUGCUAAUACAGAUAAGUUUACAAUAAAAUCACAAUUUACUUUCUAGACUCUCAACACUAUAACUAUAUAACUUAAGUGUGAUUUAUAUAACUUUACUGUUGUAGAAGUUAGUCAAUAGUUAUAAAUAUUAGGAUGUUGUACUAUUAAGUGUACCCGGUUAUAGGUGUCAAUAAAUAUUAUCCAGUAUUAAGGAUUUUUUGCAUUAAUUAUGCCAACUAUUGUUUCAUACUUUCUAGCUAAUUCAGAUUACAGUUUAAUAUCGUGUUAAUGUUUAUAUUGGUGUUAGAUCUUUACUUUUUGAUGGACUUAGUGGUUAUUGUUGUUCAUAGUAGUAAUUCACAAUAUCGAUGUUUGUCUAACUGUACGUAAUAAGAAAGGGAGUGGUCAAACUUACGCGAUGAUUGCAUGGAAUUUAACAUCACUAGCUUACACUGAACAACUCCACAUAUCUUAUAGUUUCUUCUCGUAAUGAAGACCCAUGGAAUAUCGCUUUUGAUUGAUCGCCUCUAUUGAUAGUAGAACCAUUGUUACCAACGUUUUUAAGUUAGUUAGUUAGUUGGGACUAUUGUUUGUUAUACGAAAGAGUUCUAAAUGGCUAUCACCAUGACUGGCAUGAUCGCCAUGACUGUCUGUAGUUCAGUAGGCAGGAUCCGGGGCAGCUAUAACUGUAUUCUGGCCUAUCAUUAUCAUCAAACCAUCAUUCUGGUCACACAACCAAUAUCGCUGCUGAAUCAGCAAAUACGAAGAAAAACUUCAUAAAAAAAUAGUUCUCGAAAAUGUUAUUUGUAUACACUUUACAUGAUCCUACUGCCGACAGCAUUUAGCCAAGAUGGCAUCAUCUCCAUUUCCCUCACAAACUUUGCAAUGAUUAAUUUAAGUUAUGACAUAAUAACAAGUUAAAAACUAAUAUAAAGUAACUUUAUGAGUAUGUACUUUUAUAGUAGAAACAUAAUAAUAGUAUUUAUAUCAAACUCCAAAUUGUCAUCAAUUUCUGGAGAUUUGCAUUUUUAUAUAAAACGUUAGGUAUGAAAAAUAACGACUUCUUUCCUGAAAAAGCACUUUUAACGUGAGCAUUAAUUUUAUAGGAACACAAAGUUGUAGUCGAUGUAUUUAAUAAAAGUAAUUUACACUUU